AUGGUUGCCUCAUCAAUGAAGAACGCGAUGGCUCGGCGAAACCACAAAGAGCGUUCCCAGCCCGCCAAUCGGCAACGGCUCGGUAUGCUCGAGAAGCACAAAGACUAUGUUCUUCGAGCGCGCGACUACCACUCGAAGCAGGACCGCCUCAAGAAACUCAAGGAAAAGGCGGCAUUCAGAAAUAAGGAUGAAUUCUACUUUGGGAUGGUCAAGGCGCAAACGAAGGGCGGGGUGGAGAUUGGGGAUAGGGGCAAUGAGGCGUUGGGAGUGGAUGUGGUCAAGGUGUUGAAGAGCCAGGAUUUGGGAUGGGUCAGGGUACAGAUAUCGCAGGAUGAGAAGAGGGUGGCGAAGAUGAGGCAGGAGCUGGAGGUGACUGCGCCGGCGGCGUCGGAGGGGGAAUGGUCUGCUGCGAUGGAGCUGGCAGAGGUGGAGAAGCUGGCGGAGAUGGGGGUGGUGAUUAAUCCUCAAGCGAGCGGGUCGGGGAGCGGACGGAAAGGGAAGGGCAAGGCAAAGGCGGUACAGGGUGGUCAUGUGGUCUUUGCGGAUGGAAGAGAAGCGUUCGACGAGUACGAGGAGGCCCCAUUAGCCUCUGCGGUAGAAGAAGCAGAGACGGAAGAGGUGGAUCUCGGGUGGGAGACGGUCGUCUCCAAGGGGAAACGGAAGAAGCCGACCGUCGAGCCUGUCACGAAGCCUGUCCAGACACCAGAGGAGAUGGCAGAGGAAUCAAGACAAACCCGCCUAGACCUCUUAACCUCCCUCUCAGCCCACCUCGCCCGACUCCGCCUCCUUCGUCAAGCCGAAGCACGGCUGGAACAGACCAAAGGGCUCAUGGGGAAAGGAGGCGCGCGCAAGGUCAAGCAGCAUGGCUGGGUGGAGGAUCCGAAUGCCAAGGAGGAUAAGAAUGGGGAGACGAGGCGGUGGGAGGGUAAGGCGUUCAAGUGGAAGGCCGAGAGGAAGCGGUAG